AUCUCAUCAAUACCUAUAAAAUCGAAAAUACAGAUGAUUUUGUGUACUUUCGAGAUUCUACUUCAUUGAAUAGCUAGACUAGAUAGAACCAGAGUCCAAAAAGGACAAGAACUCGACUCUACAAUACAAAUACUCUGCUUUCUUUCAAACCGAUCAUUUUUCAGAAUUACAAGAGAUCUAAGUGUACUGCUUCGUUCUCUCUGCUGUUGAUCUGAAUUAGUAAAUUACAGCAAUUAUUUUUUACCUUCUAGUGUUUGGUUUGAUUUUUAUUGGGUUGCAGUAAUCAGACGGGAUGGCGAAGAGUUCAUUCAAGCAACAGCAUGAAUUUGAGAAGAGGCGGGUUGAGGCUACCAAGAUUAGGGAACAAUAUCCGGAUAAAAUUCCGGUUAUUGUUGAGAGGGCAGAGAGAAGCGACAUUCCAAACAUUGACAAGAGAAAGUUUCUUGUCCCUUCUGACCUCACGGUAGGGCAAUUCGUGUUUGUGAUUCGCAAAAGGAUACAGUUGAGCUCGGAGAAAGCAAUUUUCAUAUUUGUUGAUAAUGUCCUCCCGACAACAGGAGCGCUCAUGUCUGCCAUUUACGAAGAGAAGAAGGACGAAGAUGGUUUCCUCUAUGUCACCUACAGCGGGGAGAACACAUUCGGGGACAACACGAUGCUUUAGACCUCCAAUACUGCCACGGGAAAACAUUCUUUGCAGCCUCACCAUUAUUGGAUUAUUAAACCAAGUUCACUAUUAUCUUUUGCUUUACUAUAGAUAAUAGUUUCAGCUUCACUAUAGCAUAUUAGCAUUUAACUGUGUAUAGUUGCAGACAAGUUUUACUAUAUCCCCAGAAUGUGGCAGAUUAUUUAAUAAUUAUUUGGAUUUUAUUUGUCUUUGCUUUUUAUUUUGA